AUGAAUAUUGAGAUUGAGUGUCUUCCUGGCUUCAUUGUAGAGUUCCAGAUCUUUGCAAGGCCAAGGGAACCGAAGCAAACUUUGGGCCUGAAUUUUCUCAAGCACAACUAUGGUGGUUCACCAGUGAAUGAAGUUGGAAAUGGGGUGGAACCUUUCAUGCUGGAUCUCUGCCCAAAAGCUCAGAUUGUGACCCAGCAAUCCUGGAUUGAAGGAGUUUUCUAUAAGCGAGAAUGUGGAAAGAUUAUAACCAGUUCAAAAGAUUCACACAGGUGCCUUCCAGGAUGUCAGAUUUGCCAGAACCUGGUGAGAUGUUGCUGUGGUCGGCUGGUUGGAGAUCACCCUGGCUUAGAUAGCAAGUUACCAGUCUAUUUAUCAGCUCAUGACGAUGGGCAGGAGGAGUGGUGUGUUCACAAACACACCAUAGCAAGUCCAACUGAUGCCUUUGGUACCGUAGACUUCCAAGAUGGUGCUUAUUCCUACCGUGCUAAGUAUAUUAGAGUCUCAUAUGACACUGAACUGCACCAGUUGCUUCAUUUGAUGUUGAAGGAAUGGCUGAUGGAACUCCCAAAGCUACUCAUAUCUGUCCAUGGAGGUAGCCAGAACUUUGAACUUCCUCCAAAAGUUAAACAAAUCUUUGGGAAAGGACUUAUCAAAGCAGCUGAGACUACCGGGGCCUGGAUAGUGACUGAGGGCAUCAACACAGGAACUUCCAGACAUGUUGGGGAUGCGGUAAGAGAUCAUACUUCCCCGUAUUUACGAAAGAUCUGCAUAAUAGGAAUUACACCCUGGGGAGUCAUAGAAAACCAUCGAGAUUUGAUUGGACAAGAUGUAGUAUGUCCCUAUCAGACACUUGGCAAUCCCUUGAGCAAGCUGACCAGUUUAAAUAGCAAGCAUUCGCACUUCAUUCUAGUAGAUGAUGGGACUGUUGGCAAAUAUGGGAAUGAAAUGAAGCUGAGAAGGAAGCUGGAAAAAUACAUUGCACUUCAGAAAAUCCAUACUCGGAUGGGCCAAGGUGUACCUGUAGUGGGAUUGGUGAUUGAAGGUGGACCCAAUGUUAUCCUGACGGUAUGGGAAUAUGUAAGGGAUGUUCCCCCUGUGCCUGUCGUUGUGUGUGAGGGAACAGGCAGGGCUGCUGAUCUCCUGUCUUUUACUCAUAAACACACUGCAGAUGGUGGCAAAUUGUAUCCUGGCUUGGAAGGUGAACUAAUAUUAAUGAUUCAGAAGACCUUUAAUUUUGGCCAGAAGCAAUCGGAUCAUUUGUUUAAAAUUCUUAUGGAAUGCAUGGAGCACAGAGAAUCUAUUACAAUUUUUGAUGCAGACUCUGAAGAACAGCAGGACAUUGACUUGGCAAUAUUAACGGCUCUCCUCAAAGGUACAAACACUUCUGCAUCAGAUCAGCUAAGUUUGGCACUGGCAUGGGACAGAGUGGAUAUUGCUAAGAAAAACAUUUUGGUUUAUGGACAACACUGGAAGGUGGGAUCCUUGGAGCAGGCCAUGCUUGAUGCUUUGGUAAUGGAUCGGGUGGAUUUUGUGAAACUGCUCAUUGAGAACGGUGUGAGCAUGCAUCGCUUUCUCACCAUCUCCAGGCUUGAGGAACUCUACAACACGAAACAAGGUCCAACUAACCUCCUGUUGCACCACCUGGUUCGAGACAUGAAGCAGAGUAACCUUCCUCCUGGUUACAAGGUUACUUUGAUUGACAUUGGAUUGGUGAUGGAAUACCUGGUAGGAGGUGCAUACAGAAGUAUCUAUACUCGGAAAUCCUUCAGACUCCUGUAUAACAGUCUCUAUAGGCAGCACAAGCGAGUUAGACGUCAUGGGGUCACAAGUUUCACUCAAAGCUGGAGCAACAAUUCCUUACACCAGAACAGAGAACCAGCUCCCAGGGUGGGAAGUGAUGAGCAGAGACUACAUUCCCAGUUCGUUAGAACAGCUCAGCCAUACAAACGCAAGGAGAAAUCGGUUUCACUCUGUAAGUCAAAAAGGAAGCAGAAGGAAGAUUUAAAUUGUACAGAAGAGCAUGAUUCUGCAAGUUUUAUCUAUCCCUACAAUGACCUGUUGGUGUGGGCUGUGUUGAUGAAACGGCAGAGAAUGGCCAUGUUCUUCUGGCAGCAUGGAGAAGAAGCCAUGGCUAAAGCAGUGGUGGCCUGCAAACUAUACAGGGCAAUGGCUCAUGAGGCUAAGCAGAGCAACAUGAUGGAUGACACCUCGGAAGAGCUAAAACAGUACUCCAAGGAAUUUGGACAACUUGCUGUGGAUCUUUUAGACCAUGCAUUCAAACAGAAUGAGAGAAUGGCCAUGAAACUGCUGACAUAUGAGCUGAAGAAUUGGAGCAACUCCACAUGUUUGAAACUGGCAGUGUCAUCUGGUCUUCGGUCCUUUGUUUCCCACACGUGCACUCAGAUGCUCCUAACUGACAUCUGGAUGGGACGUCUGAACAUGAGGAAGAACUCAUGGUUUAAGGUCAUUUUGAGCAUUCUUUUGCCUCCCAGCAUUCUGAUGCUGGAGUUUAAGAGCAAGGCUGAAAUGUCCCACAUCCCUCAGUCUCAGGAGUCCCAUCAGUUCGCUCGACAGUACAGUAUACAAAACUCCAGUGUUGCCAAGGAUGAUCAAUCUUCUAUGGAGUUUGACACAGAACAGGGCCCAGAAAAACCAGCCGACAAGAUCGUUGACACAAGACAGAAAGGACUGCCUUGGACGAGAAAGGCUUAUGAAUUUUACAGUGCCCCGAUUGUCAAGUUCUGGUUCCAUACGAUAGCAUAUUUGGGAUUCCUGAUGCUAUUUACCUACAUGGUAUUGGUGAAAAUGGAACCCCUGCCUAGUAUACAAGAAUGGAUUGUCAUCAUCUACGUUUUCACUACAGCUGUGGAGAAAGCCAGAGAGAUCUUCAUAUCAGAGCCUGGAAAAUUCAACCGGAAGAUUAAAGUUUGGGUCCAAGAAUACUGGAACUUGAAUGAUUCGGUGGCUAUCAUUCUAUUUGCGGUAGGGUUUGGUUUACGUUGGACUGACCAGCCAUUACAGACAGCUGGAAAAAUUAUAUACUCCCUGGACUUUAUAUUUUGGUUUGUGAGGCUUCUGGAUUUCUUCGCAGUGAAUCAACAUGCAGGGCCAUACUUGACAAUGAUUGGGAGAAUGACAACAAACAUGUUCUAUAUAGUGAUUCUGAUGGCAAUUGUUCUCUUGAGUUUCGGGGUGUCAAGAAAGGCUAUACUUUCUCCAGCAGAAGAACCAUCUUGGCGACUUGCUCGAGAUAUAGUGUUCCAGCCUUACUGGAUGAUAUUUGGUGAAGUCUAUGCUUCUGAAAUUGAUCCUUGUGAAGAAGGUGCAGAUUGCCCUCCUGGUUCAUUUCUUAAUCCAUUUCUCCAGGCGGUUUAUCUGUUUGCGCAAUAUAUUAUACUGGUCAACCUACUCAUCGCUUUCUUCAAUAAUGUGUAUUAUGAGAUGAAAUCCAUCUCCAACAGACUUUGGAAAUACAAUCGCUACCGUUACAUUAUGACCUAUCAUGAAAAGCCAUGGCUGCCGCCACCAAUUAUUAUCUUCAGCCACGUAGCUCUGCUCAUGAGUCGAAUUUACCAACGUCGAGCAAAAACUGAGGUGGAUCAAGAAGAUGAGGAUGUUGGGUUAAAAUUGUAUCUGAGUAAGGAGGAGUUGAAAAAGCUUCAUGACUUUGAAGAGCUAUGUGUGGAGAAAUACUUUCAUGAGAAGAAUGAAAAUCACCAUUCAAGUGACAAUGAAAGAAUUAGAGUAACAACUGAAAGGGUUGAAGAAAUGGCAAUGCAUUUGAAAGAAGUAAAUGAGAAAGUGCAUUAUGUCAAGGAAUCUUUGCACAGUUUGGACAGCCAGCUUGGACAUCUGCAGGACCUCUCAGCCCUGACUGUGGACACCCUCAAAGUGAUCUCUGCUGUGGAUAGUUUAAAAGUGGACAAUGCAUUCUUAGGGACAAACACAGAAAACAAUGACUUUCGGAAGCUGCCCCAUAGCUGGAGCAAUGUAAUUCACCUGAAUCCCUUAGACCAUUUUUCUGCUGAAGCAAAGCAAAAUUAUUAUAGCACCCCACCUUCAUUACUUCGAAACUUAACAAACAGCCAGAAGCCCUCAAUAUGCUAUCACGAUGCAAACAUUGUGGCGGAGUCACCUAAAUCAGUAAAGCAGAAUGAAAACAACCAGGAGUUAUAUGCUGAUCGAACACAUCUGAAGCAAAAAUGGUUGGAAGGUGACACUGUCAUGUCGAAAGUGUUACUUGAGCCCACAUCCCCUCAUAAAUAUGAACAGUUAUCCCUAGUCCCCUUACCUCUCGGAGGUCCUAAGUGUACAGAACUCCGAUUUAAUUUGUCACUUCCAAGCACCUUGACAUUGACCAGCUUAAACUCAAUAGUUCAGAAGCGAGAGAAAAGCCCAUGCAGCACACCAGUACAACUCAGCUUUCAAAGGAUGCUCUCUGAGCAGAACAAGGCAGAAGACCAUGGUAAACAAUGGGAUGUUAUUCAUAUGUCACCUGUAACGACUGAUGGGAGAGUAGAUCAACUUUCAUUGAACCUACUAGCUUCUCCCAUGGUUAUUGAUGCUUCUCUAUUGCCCGGCAAUCAUAGUGAAGAGAUUGAAGGUGGUUACGUCAACUGGGCAUUCAAUGAAGAUGAUGAGCCGGGAAUCUUCAAUGGAACCUUUAAAAAGCCUUCACAGCUUUGCCACUCAAUGAGGUCAAAAACAAAGUCACGAAAUAGUAAGAUAAAAUCCUUCAGAGGACAAAAGAAACCUCCAAAGCUUCAAGUACCGAUAAUUACAGUAGAUGGGUGCUCUCCGAAGAGUUUGGACUCAGCUCAAGAAAGCAAUGCUGGAAGUGAGAAGAAUGUGGAUGAGAAGGAAUGUAACAAAAACUGGCUAACCAUCUCCACUUUCAACCAAAUCACAUUCACCGAGAUGAAUUUCUUAGUGUGGUUUGCUACCUCAUUUAAAACUUCUCAGGACCUGAGCUACCAUUACUCUGCUGUUGAAAGAAAUAAUUUAAUGAGGCUUUCCCAGACAAUACCUUUCACCCCUGUUGAUCUCUUUGCUGGUGAGGAAGUAACCAUCUACAAACUGGAGGAAAGUUCACCGGUGAACCUGGACAAGAGCAUGUCCUCCUGGUCCCAGCAUGGUUUGGCUGCCAUGAUUCAUGUCCUUUCCAAGGAAGAAAUGGAUGGGGGACUUCGUAGAGCUAUGAAGGUGUAUUGCACUUGGUCUGAAGAGGACGUGCUGAAAACUGGGCAGACUUACAUCAUAAAGUCCUUCCUGCCAGAGGUAGUCAAAACCUGGCAGAAAAUCUUUAGUGAAGGAACAGUGCUCCAUCUCUGUCUGAGGGAAAUUCAACAGCAAAGGGCUGCACAGAAACUCAUCUACACCUUCAAUCAAAUGAAACCACAAACCAUCCCUUACACUCCAAGGUUUCUGGAAGUUUUUCUGGUGUAUUGCCAUUCUGCUAAUCAGUGGUUGACAAUGGAGAAGUACAUGAAUGGCCAGUUCAGAAAGUACAACAACAAUAAUGGUGAUGAGUUAAUUCCGACAAAUCUGCUGGAAGAGACCAUGUUAGCUUUUUCUCACUGGUCGUAUGAGUACACACGAGGAGAACUACUUGUGCUGGAUUUGCAAGGUGUUGGAGAAAAUCUUACUGAUCCAUCUGUUAUUAAAGCUGAAGAGAAAACUUCACAGGACAUGGUAUUUGGUCCAGCUAACCUUGGAGAAGAAGCAAUCAGAAACUUCACAGUGAAACAUCACUGUAAUACCUGCUGCAGAAAACUAAAACUACCAGAUCUAAGAAGAAACUUUUAUAACCCAGGCAAAGUAAACCCUCCCCUUGAAGAUGAUGCUUCAGUAGUUAACACAAGAUUGUGA